AUGAUUUCAGCAAGAAACGAAGGAAAGAAUGACUCCAGAAAAAUAGAAGCAAAAGCAACUGGCAGUGGUGUUCUAAGAUUUCCAAAAAGUAGUCGUAGCAGGGGUUCACGGACCACCAAAGUUUUUGCAGGCAUCGAUGCUUGGAGGAGGAUACACCGUGACCGCCAGCCGGCGCCAGGAAGAAGCUAGGAAGAGGGACCCACGUACUCACUGAUUGACGUAAAGGAGAGCAGUCUCAUGCUUUCACAUGGAAAAACCUGACAACACUAUUCAUGAUUUGACAGGUGAGUUCUUAUCCAAAAGCUAGUAUCCCUUCCCAAACGAGGACUCCCCGGACAAGAAUCCCAUACAGCCAUGCUACCAGAUCACCCACCCCACAGCUCACGCGGCCUCAACCACGAGCCAAGUAAAAUUCCUACUUCUAGUAGGGCUCGGCUCAUGACCCAAGCAACAACAUGGCAGCAACAUCAGAAGUCUUCCACCCCGUUUCCACCAGCAAUUCAAACCAAACCAGCACGAAUGCCGGUCAGAAGCUUCAAAACUCGAACGAGCAGUAACAUGCCGUUCAGGAACUUAGCAUGCGGGCAGACUUCAAGGGAAUGAGGACCUCCUUCUCAACCGUUUCCACCGGAUGAAUUGCAGAUGUCCAGAGCACUAACAUGAUCUUGCAAGACUCUGCUCAUCCAGAUUAUGUAUAGAAGUUGGGGAGGAUAUGGGUCCCGAACGGGAAACUCCCUACAUUGACAAAAGGAAUUGCGUACUAACAAAUUUGGGGAGGAUAUGGAUCCCGAACGGGAAACUCCCUACAUUGACUACCUGUAUGGGAACAAACAAAGCCUGAACUAAAGUAUUUCCAAACCAGUGUAUCCGAUGAUAGUGCCGGUUGGUGAAGCUCGAACGCCCUACACCGCUCCCGUUCAGGAGAGAUCCUUCUAGCAGAACGAGUUUGAUCUUGAACGGUCAGUUUUACAAGAUCCCUGAUACACCUAGGUACCAAACGUACUUUUCGAGCAAGUACUGGCUCCGGAUUAACGCACUUCAAGUGUACGCAACUCCAAAUUCCCAGCCUAACGGCAAGAAUAAACUGUGUUUUAUUUUCUAGAUGAUCUCCCAAAAACAACAGUGUAGGCUAUUGUUUGCUACAAAAGUAAAUAAGGAAAAUACAUAAAUGAAUUAACUAAAAUAAAGUGAUCUGAUGGCCAUAGAUUUCUCCUUUCCGUGCAUGGUUUUCUGCCACCUUAUUCCCCCAAAGAAAUGAGCUGAAUCUUCUCUUAGCCAUAAAUAAAUGACGGGUCUUGAUUUGCUUUCCUUACUCGUGUGGUGCGCCUUAUUUGAUUUGGAGGUGAUCCUCUGGUUUGAUUGAUUGGCGUAUCAUCCCCUGCGGCUUGAGAAACCACCUCGUCCACGAGGUGAAAAUCUGGGUAAUGGUGGGUAAUCGUAGUGCUUGGUUCCCAAGUCGCAUCCUCUGGUCCACCGUCACUCCACUGAACCAACAACUGAUCUUCCAGCAGGCCGUGUCGAAGGACCUGUCUUCUGUCAAGGAUAGCACUAGGUGCUGACACAGGUUUGCCAUCUUCAAAUGCUGUUGGUAGGGGAAUUAUUUUUGGAGCACCAUCCCCCUGGAAUCGUUUUAAUAAGGAGACGUGGAACACGGGAUGAACCUUUGCUGUAUCUGGGCGUUGGAGACGAUAAGCCACAGCCCCAAUGCGCUCCGAAACUGGAAAUGGCCCAUAAUAGCGACAUGCAAGCUUCUGAUUUUUGCGCCAUGCAAUGGAACGUUGGCGGUAUGGUUGGAGCUUUAAUAAUGCUAAGUCUCCUACCGCGAAUUCCAGCUCCCUCCGUUUCCUAUUUGCUUUCUCGGUCAUACUGUGUUGGGCAGCUCGGAGAUUUGCGCGAAGUGAACGAAGUAAGAGUUGUCGGUCCCGUAACAGCAUGUCCACGGUCUGCACAUUGGUGCUGCCGGGUGAGUAAAAAGGGAUAGUCGGAGGGUGGCGGCCAUACAACGCACGAAAAGGUGUAGUCUUGAGGCCUUCAUGAACGGAAGUGUUGAGACAGUAUUCUGCCCACCCGAUGAACUGUCUCCACCGCGACGGUUGAAGGUGUGUGAAAGCAUGCAAGUACUGUUCAAUGCCACGGUUGGUUACCUCGGUCUGUCCGUCUGUUUGGGGAUGGUAAGUGGUGCUAUGUUUGAGGGUUGUGUCGCUUAACUUAAAGAGUUCCUUCCAAAAGUUACUCAAGAAAACCCGGUCUCGGUCAGACACAAUCGAGCUUGGAAACCCAUGUAGCUUAACCACAAUAUCAGUGAAUAGCAGUGCUGCUUUAGGCGCAUUAAAAUAGGUCGGUAAACAACCCUAGAUGAGUAUAUUUAGUAAGGCGAUCCACAAUAACCAUAAUUACUGAAUAUCCUUGAGACAUUGGUAGCCCGGUUAUGAAAUCCAUCGUAACAUGAUCCCAAACCUGAGAUGGCACAGGGAGCGGCUGCAGCAUUCUAGCCGGAGGUUGCGUGGAAUAUUUUGUGGUUUGGCAUACCAUACAUGACGCCAAAAAAUUCUCAACAUCUGUUCGCAUCUUUACCCAAAAGAAGGAAGCGGUGAGUCGAGCGAGUGUGAACUUGACUCCAGCGUGACCCGCCAUAGGUGUAGAGUGAAACUCUCGGAGGAGUAUUUGCUUGAGAGGAGAGAACACACUUAUGUAGUAACGAAGCUUGAAAAAUAAAACUCCAUCCUUGAUGUGUAUGUGUGGUAAACACUUGCCGUCUCCCAACUGCUUAUGGAUGUCUAACAAGUCUGGUUGGUCUUGGUUUUCGCGCCGAAUAUCCUCCAAUAAUGUUGGGACGGGUUGACAAAGUGCCAUAAAAUGAGCAUGAGCUGAGAGAUCGUCAGUUUCAUCACGUCUCGAGAGGGCAUCAGCGACCUUGUUAGAAGACCCGGUUUUAUAUUCAAUAGUAAACUGAUAUCCCAAAAGUUUGCGCACAUAUAACUGCUGUUCUGGAGUCUGAAUAACCUGCUGUAACAAUUCUCUCAAGCUUUUAUGGUCAGUCCGAAUGGUAAAGAUGGUACCUAAGAGGUACUGUCGCCAUUUAGUCACUGCUUCAACGAUGGCAUGGAGUUCACGGACAUAAGUGGAGGCAGCCAAGAGGCGUGACCCCAACUUUUUGCUGAAGAACGCAAGUGGGUGUUCUGCUUGCAUUAGGACAGCACCAAUACCACUGGCCGAAGCAUCUGUUUCGACGAUGAACGGUAGCGCGAAAUCAGGUAAACGUAACACCGGUGCCUGUGUCAUAGCCUCCUUCAAGGAGAUAAAUGCUUUUGUGGCUGCCUCCGACCAGUUAAAAGCAUCUGUCCGUAGCAAAUCAGUCAAAGUACUUGCAAUGGUCGCAUAAUGUCGUACAAAUCGCCUGUAAUAUCCUGUCAGUCCCAAGAAACCCCGGAGUUGCUUAAGGGAAGUUGGUUGCGGCCACUCUACCAUGGCUGAAAUUUUGUCCGGGUCGGCAUUCAUGGUCCCAUCUGUAAUGAUGUGUCCAAGAUAAUCCACAGAUGUCUUGCAAAAUAGACAUUUUGUGAGUUUAAUAUAGAAUUGUUGACCAGCUAAUGUUUCCAGGACAAUGCUGAGGUGUUGAAUGUGCAGGUCUAUGGUUGGGCUGUAGACGAGGAUAUCAUCGAAAAACACUACCACAAACUUUCUCAAAUUAGGUUUAAAGAGGUAGUUCAUGGUGGCUUGAAAGGUGGACGGGGCAUUGGUGAGGCCAAACGGCAUGACUAGAAACUCAUAAUGACCGUCGUGUGUGCGAAAUGCCGUUUUAAAAAUGUCCUUCGCAUUCAUACGAAUUUGGUGAUAACCUGAUCGUAAAUCCAGUUUUCACUAGUACAAAAAAGGCUUUUCACAUCGGUCAAAAAAGGCUUUUCACAUCGGUCGAACAGCCGAUGUGGUUCCAGCACAUGUGAAAAGUAUUGACUUUUGACAUCGGUCAAACAGCUGAUGUUAAAAAAGUUUCUACAUCGGUCGUUUAUUGUCCGAUCUAGAAGAUGAUCACGAAUAGUGACUUUAUUUAAUGCCCUAUAAUCCACGCAAAACCGAAAGCUACCAUCUUUUUUCUUGACUAACAGGACAGGUGAUGAAAAAGGGCUACUGUUUGGUUGAAUAAUCCCUUGUCUCAGCAUAUCCUGAACUAACUUCUCCAUUUCUGUCUUUUGGAAGUGCGGGUAACGGUAAGGGCGGACGUUGAUUGGUUUGGAACUGGGAAUGAGAUGAAUGUGAUGAUCAAAUAGGCGGCUAGACGGCAGCCCUUGUGGUGUCCCAAACACCUUAGCAUGGGUAUGGAGCAGUGCCAAAAUGGUUUCAGGAAUGUCGUCUGGCCAUAUUAAAAUGUCCUCACUUUCCAGGAAGUCAGUAGGUUGGGCGACCAAUUCAAAACAACCAUGAAUUUCAUCACCUUUCAUCAAAGGAAGGAGAUGAUUAUAAGAAAUGGGUUUAACUGGCGUUGAAUGGUCACCUUGCAAACAAAUACGUUGGUUAUUCCAAUCAAAUUCCAUGGUAACCUUGGCAUAAUCAUGUGUAACUUUUCCCAAAAGUUGCAACCAUUGGACGCCCAAUACUAUGUCUGGACCUUUGAUAGGUAACACGAAUAAAUCGACAAGAACCAACACAUUCUGCAAUGUUAAGGGUACCUGAACACAAGCAUGAGUGCAACACAGAGAAUCACCAUUGCUGAUGUACACUCGGAAUGGAGGCACCUCUGUUACCGGUAAGUGCAAUUUUUCAGCGAUACCUGGUUGAAUAAAGUUAUGCGUGCUACCCCCAUCGAUGAGGACUUGUAAAGUGGCAGUGUGAACUAUCCCUGUAAGACGCAAGGAUCCGGGCGCGCCUGGGCCGGCCAGAGAGUGAGGCUCGAGCAGUCCGCUGUCAGUAUGGGUUCCUCUUCUGCGUGAGUUGUGUCUGAGACAGGUAUUAGUUCAUCAUCCUCGCUGCACAUCAAGAGAAGGGCACGGUUAAGGCAUUUGUGGAUUCUCGACCACUUUUGGUUACAGGUAUAGCAUUCCCCCUUUUCAAACUUGGCUUGCUUUUCUGGUGGGCUAAUUUGGAUGAUGGGAAGGUUUUUUUGGUGAGCAACGGUAGAUGUAUUCUGUCGAGCCAAGUUCAAACGGGAUGUGUUGGAAGUUGUGGUGAGGGUUGAUGGGCUAGGAUUAGGACCCAUGUGUUGCAACGGUUUGUUAGAGUGAGAUGAGGAUUUGAAGGAUGUGUAGAGGUCUCCAUGUUGCGCCUCAAUCUCGCUAGCCGGUGCAAAAGCUUGGAUUAAAGUGUCUGGUUUGGCACGCUGCACCUCACGUCCAAUCGUCGAUUGGAGACCGGCGACAAACAUUGAGAUUAAAAUCGUCUCUGGCACCCCUGUGACCUUAUUUAAGAGUUUUUCAUAGUCUGCCCGAUACGCCGCGACCGUCGUGAGUUGCCGAGUCUUGGAUAAUUUCCCCACAAAAUCUUCAAAAUGCGCUGGGUCAAAACGCUGCUUUAACUGCUCCAAAAAAUCAGUCCAUGUGCGAAGAAGGUUAUUAUUUUUCAUCCAACGAAGCCAUUCGGAGGCCUCACGCUCCAUCAUAAAGGACACAAAUGAGAGCCGCUGAGCCUCUGAAACUUUAUGAUACUCAAAAUAUUCUUGAGCCUGGAAAAUCCAAUUAUGCGGGUCGGUACCGUCAAAUGUGGGAAGAGCUAUUUUUGGAAGGAGCGUACGAGCAGUUGAUAUAUUGGUGUGAUCCAUGGAAGAAGGAGUAACAGCAGAGGUCCCUGCAGUGAAUUGAAGCUUCUCAAUGGUGUGAGCUAAGUCCUGAAUGGUACGUUGCAAGGCCUGCGCAGUGUGGUGGUUGUAGGUAGCCUGGUCCCGUAAUUCAUGGCGAAGUUCGGCAAUGGAUUUUUCCCAGGUAGGGCAGAUGGACUCGUCGGACAUGAUGGAUGCAGCGACGUCAGUGAAAGCACCAGUUGAUACACCUAGGUACCAAACGUACUUUUCGAGCAAGUACUGGCUCCGGAUUAACGCACUUCAAGUGUACGCAACUCCAAAUUCCCAGCCUAACGACAAGAAUAAACUGUGUUUUAUUUUCUCGAUGAUCUCCCAAAAACAACAUUGUAGGCUAUUUAUUCUAAUGGCCUAUUGUUUGCUACAAAAGUAAAUAAGGAAAAUACAUAAAUGAAUUAACUAAAAUAAAGUGAUCUGAUGGCCAUAGAUUUCUCCUUUCCCUGCAUGGUUUUCUGCCACCUUAUUCCCCCAAAGAAAUGAGCUGAAUCUUCUCUUAGCCAUAAAUAAAUGACGGGUCUUGAUUUGCUUUCCUUACUCGUGUGGUGCGCCUUAUCUGAUUUGGAGGUGAUCCUCUGGUUUGAUUGAUUGGCGUAUCAAUCCCAAAACCCAGCACCCAUUGUUGCGGGGCUACGCUGCUACCCAGUCACCCGAUACCAUUUGUCCACCGGAACUAACCAGCAAAGGACCGCAGUCCUGGAUCAAAGCGACCGCAAGAGGAACCCAACGGGCCAGGUAAUGCUGUGAGGUGCGUUGUCGUCUGAUUCCCUAAGGAGGUCACCACCAUGUAUCUACUGUCGCCAUAGUACUGCCAUUCGGUAUCCUAGACCUAGCUAGAACUCCCGAGCGAUCCCGGAUCCAAGAAUGGUGGACCGACAAUUCACCCUCAGCAAGCAGCAACACCUUCUAGUGGGCCGGAACUCUCUGAAAUACCAUCAUCAACUCAUGCACCAAACGUCAUGCCAAUCUAGCAUGUGAUGAGGGAGUACAAAUCACUGUGCGACAUCCCCCGAGCGGUGAUAGAGAUCCCGUACGACAACAUGUUUCGCCGCCCGAACUUUCCAUCGCUCCACCAGACGGACGGAGACCAUCCUCUCACUGGGGGUGGGCAAGAAAAACUGUAACCGCUUAACCGUGGUAAAUAACCGAAAAAUGGUGUUUUUAUCGGUUAACCAUACCAUAUUUUUAAAAUCAUGCGGUACGGUUAACCAACCGAUAGAAAAAACGGUUAUGAUACGGUUACGGUUUUGAAAUUAAAUACCGCCGGUUAACCGAUAAUUCAAAGUUAAGUAUUACUCCCAAACUUAUAGUUACGGUUUGCAAAUUAAUUCAUGUGUCAAUUUUAGCCAAAUGCUAAAAUAGUAAAAUUAACUCAUUGUCAAUUAACUCAUCUGUCAAGCCAUGGAAGACAUAUGUCUAUCAAUGGUCCAUCCUAAGUCUUUCUUCGAAUACGUGGGUGUUGCAAUCAGCACUCAGUAGGCAUAUCAUAGGGGAGAUUGGAGGUAGAGAUGUAGAAGAGAGCUGGAAGGAAAUUAGGAAUGAAGGAAUCCUUAGGACUAUCAGAAAUGCCUCGCGAAUGAACAGGGCAGGGAAGAUAUGGCUGAAAAUAGUUUUUUAUGGUUUUUUGGUUAACCAAUUAACGGUUAACCUACAUUACGCUAAAAGUUACCCGGUUAACCGUCAUAACGGUACGGUGAUUGAUAUUGUAAACAUGCUAACCAAUAUCCCGGUUAACCAUAAGUUGGUUAACCAAAAAUGCGGUUAACCAACCGUGCUCACUCCUACCUCUCACCAAUUGAAGCCAUUCGGGAAUACCGAUCGGGGUUUGAUACUGCCCACAUUUAUACCGACUAAGUGAUAGGAUUCUAAACUACCAACAUAAGGGCUGGAUCACCUUGGACGAUUAAAUUCACCGGAAUAAUAACUUGGCCCGCCAGCUGAAACUCAGCCCAUAUCAACUAAGUAACACCAAUCUCUCACUCACUGAUUCAAUUUUAAAUAGUUUUUGUGGCUAUUAUUGCUUUUGUCAUCAUUAUUUAUGAGGGAGUAAAUAGUCCCUAAUUGAGUAAUGUGGAGUCAAGCUCUAUGUGAUAAGCUUACCAUCAUUUUAAUUGAUUGGUUUUAGUGGGCCUAUCGACCCACCGCCGUUCGGCUUAAGUGAGCGAAUCGGAGCAUCCUCGUUCGGCAUCAAAGGCUCGUGCAUUAAAAUACUAAAUACUAGAUAGUUUUAUUGUUACUAUUUAUUGAUCACCAUUAUUUACUAAGGGUUUAAAUUUCCCAAGAUAAAUAAUGUCGAGCGAAACUUUGUUGAUAAGCUCACCAACAAUUUUGAUUAAAUGAUUUGGAUUUAAUGGGUCGGACGGCCUGCUCCUGAUCGGCUGUGAUUAAGCAAUCGGAGCGCUUCGGGAGGACAUGACCCAACGACGCAUAUGGUCCCGCUCGACAUUAAGUGCCCGAACGACAAUUUUACCCAGUACAAGGCGAAGUACGUACCUUGAUUAGCUAGUACUUUUCUGAGAGCGCCUGGCAAACCACUAAGUGGUUCUAAUAGCACAUGGGCAGUGCAAAAAAUAAAUUUAGGCCAAGGGUUAUCAUACCACUUCGGCCGGUAAUCAUAAGUAUUACGCAUGUGUGUAUGUAUAUGCUUGUAUAUGUAGUUCGGCCGUACAACCGUAUUACUAUGCUGAUUGUGCGGUGCAAUCCGUUCGAUAUGCUCGAGCUGGGAGAUCCAUGAUGUUUGGCAUGGUGCGCAGAGACGUUCAUGACCGGCAAAGAAAAGAAGCAAAGACAUGCGGUAUGUUUGAUUGGGAAGAUCAAUGAUGUUCGGCAUAGUGCGCAGAGACGUUCAUGACUAGCAACGUAAUUGGAAUCAUUCAAAGCCAUUCGAUAGACUCGAGCAGGGAGGUCAACGACGUUCAGCAUGAGGCGCAGAGACGUCAUGGCUGGGACAUUCAUGGCCGUUAAAGGAGACCAUCAUGGCCAAGGGCCGUGAGACGAGCAUAUUUUGAAGAUCGGCCUCGUCCCCGCUCCUCGCGGAUGAAAGACCGCUGCACUUGCCGCCGUUGUGCUCAUAUUAUGAUCAGCCUUUCGGCACGACAUGUUGAUCACCCCGAAGGAAUCUUCACACUCCACGGAGGGAGACCUAUCGCUCGAAUGAUCUGGACGCUUCUUUGUAGCUCCACGAUCGGCCACCCUAGCAUGACGUGAUCAUCAUUGUAAGUCCCUAGCACGACGUGAUCAUCAUGAUAUUCAGCAUGAUGCACAAGACGUUCAUAACCGACCAAGAGAGGAGUUGUACAGGUCGUAUGACGCACAAGUUUUCAGGUCACACUCCAUGACUAGCAUUCCGGUCCCGCCGUUCGGCACUUAGAGCAAGCACCAUGGGUAGAGGGCGCCUGUAAGACCCUCACACAUUCUUGAUCACGGUCGGAUCCUCCCACGCCUUUACAGGGGGAGGACCAUCGUCUUAUGCAGUACGAUCGGCCCCUCGGCGCCAUCGUAUCCAGUUCACAGUCGCGUCCGCCCACACCUUUACAUGGGGAGGAUCACCGUCUUAUGUAGUAUAAUCGGCCCCUCAGCGCCAUCAUAUCCAGUUCAUGGUCGGGUCCGCCCACACCUUUACAGGGGGAGGAUCACCGUCUUAUGCAGUACAAUUGGCCCCUCAGCGCCAUCAUAUCCAGUUCACGUUCGGGUCCACCCACACCUUUACAGGGAGAGGAUCACUGUCUUAUGUAGUACGAUCGGCCCCUCAGCGCCAUUGUAUCCAGUUCAUGGUCGGGUCCGCCCACACUUUUACAGGAGGGAUCACUAUUUUAUGCACUACGAUCGGUCCCUCAGCUCCAUCGUAUCCAGUUCACGGUCGGGUCCCCCACACCUUUACAGGGAAAGGAUCACCGUUUUAUGCAGUACGAUCGACCCCUCAGUGCCGACAUCCUGACAUCACCACCACCAGCUUUUCAACAUGCCUAUAUUAUAUGGUGUAAAAUCUUGCCUCAAUCAUUAGCUUCGACGAACCACGACGACUAGUUCAGAGGGCCAACAAACCACGAUGACUAGAUCGAAGGGUGGAAUCCCAGCUUUGAUUUUGGAGACGAGUCGCCAUUUCCGCUCCACGCAUAAAUGAACCGUUCCGCAUGACCGAACAGGGAAGCUUACGUGUUAGCUUGGAAAUGAGGACAUCUCAACCAUCGGUAUGGACAAUCUGUAUCGAAAAAACCUGAAUGGUGGAAUCGAAACUAUGGUUUGGAAGAUGGUGGACCGACAGGUCAUGGGCUGACGGGUUCGAGUCUUUCAGAGUCGAGUCUAUGGAAUACCCCGUCCAAAGGAUAGGGGGUCUUACAACCGCGUCCCUAGUGCAUGGCAUACAUGUUUGGACUACCCAAAUGUCGCGACGGCUAGUGGAGUGUGACAGUCAUCCCCGACCAAUUAGUUUGAGUGAUCCGUCCAAAUCAGACCGGACAAGUAAUCUCGGCUAAUUCGGUUUGAGCUGGGGAAUAAGAGUUCCUUUGUUCUAUUGAUCACUUUAUGCAGUACGAACGACUCUUCAGAGUCGCCGUGCCUACUCACGACUGGGAUAGUCUAUUCCUAAUCUGGGAUGGUGACCGUCGUGCAGCACGAACGGCUCCACAGCACUGACGUGCCUACUUAUCGGUCGGGCUCGUCCAUUCCUAAAUCUGGGAUGGCGACCACCACUUUAGGCAACACGAACGGUUGGUUCUUCAGCGUCGUCGUGUCUUCUUCUCGACCAGGUCUGCCCAUGCCAUUCAGGGUCAGGACCGCCGCCUUAUGCAGCACGAACGGCUGGCUCUUCAUCACCGUCGUGUCUUCUGCUCGGUCGGGUCCGCCCAUGCCAUUCAGGGUCAGGACCGCCGCUUUAUGCAGCACGAACGGCUAGCUCUUCAGCACCGUCGUGUCUUCUUCUUGGUCGGGUCUGUCCAUGCCAUUCAGGGUCGGGACCGCCACCUUAUGCAGCACGAACGGCUAGCUCUUCAGCACCGUCGUGUCUUCUUCUCGGUCGGGUCCGACCAUGCCAUUCAGGGUCGGGACCGCCGCUUUAUGCAGCAUGAAUGGCUGGCUCUUCAGCGCCGUCGUGUCUUCUUCUCACUUGGGUCUGUCCAUGACAUUCAGGGUCAGGACCACCGCUUUAUGCAACACGAGCGGCUAGCUCUUCAAUGCCAUCGUGCCUAGCGUGGAGACUGCAUCUCGCCUACCACUUAUGCAUGCCUUGCGUGCAAGACUAUUCGGAGACAUUGACUCAGGGAAGGCGAGGAAGAACGUGAGCACGAGUAUACUUUCUCGAGUAGAUUCGAAGGCUCACUACUCAAGAAAAUGGGGGACUUGUGUUGGGGAAUAUUGUCUUGGCCUACUACUGUUCAGAGGCCAAGGCAUCACCCCGGUAUGGAGCCCAGUCGGCGAGGCCCAUUUAGGCCUACCCAACCCAUUUCGGACCAACCAACACAUAUUUCGACCCAACCGGCCCAUUUAGGCCCAUCGGCCCAUUUAGGCCCCUCCCCUCCUAUAAAUAGGAGAAGGGAAGGCCUUCUCCAGGAUCUUUUUCUCUUCUCUCAUGGGGAGCUCUCUCAUCCCUGCAACUUCUUCUUCUUCUUUGAGGAUUAGCAACCAAGCUCCAUUAAUGGAGUUCCAAGUUAUUUGUACUAUGUAAAUGGUGAGCUAGGAGAGUAUUAAUGAGAAAGAGCGGGCUUGGAUGUUAGCCUAAAAAAUCUCGUGGUUUUCUCCCCUUCGGGUUUUCACGUAAAAAUCGAGUGUUAUACCAUAUUAUAUUUAUAUUUAUUAGUUUAUGUUGGACUUAAACUCAAAAAAUGUCUUUAAUCAAAUGUCACUUUUUUAUUUAGUACCUGAAAAUAUCAAUUUACCAUAAACUAAUUAGGGAAGGGUACGGAAAAGGUACAUGUGGUUGGGUCAUUUUUAGACAGGGUCAUGCGUUUAACUUUUUAUCAGAGUGGUUCAUGUGUUAGGACUCCGUUGUCACAAGAGGAUCCUGGCGCCUGACGCCACUAAAAAUGCAUGAUGAAGACAGUGAAUAGUAAUUCCAAGUUUCAAAAGUGCUCGGAAAAUAAAAAUAAAAAUACCGGAAGGUGGCCUAGCGGUCGUCUUGUUGAGGUGCACCUUCCGUUAUUUUUCUUUUAAUUUUCGAGACACUUUUGAAAUUGGAGUUAAUGUUCAUUGUUUUCCUCCGACAAUUUAUAACAAUGUCAGGCGCCAGGACCCUGUUGUGAUAACGGAAUUCAAACACAUGAACCACUUUGAUAAAAAAAUGAAACACGUGACCCUUUCUGAGCACAGACCCAACCACAGGUACCUUUCUCGUAUUUUUCCCAACUAAUUAUUAUUAUUAAACAACACAAAAUAAGUUAAUAUCAAGGGAAGCUUUUGCAAACUCAAAUUUUCCAAAUGAGGUUAAGGUAAAUCAUGCUUCAAAUCUAUUUAUAUAUUUUCGAACAAUACAAAUGUUGUAUGCACAUGAGUCAUACACAUCCUUCCAUCCCGACCUCCCUAUCUUAGCUGAAUCUGUUUUAACCUACGGGUAGGAAAAACAAACAACUACUCGUUCAGCAAUGUGUCGAGUGCUACAUCAAUAAUUACAUAACAUAUCAAAGCAUAUAACAAAUACAAUGUGAUUAGCAUGUAAUUAUGGAACAUAUAAAUAUACCCGGGUGAUAAAGAAGUUGUAAACCUUCCCAAGAGGUGCCACAAGAUCUUCUUCUCGAGGUUGCUCACAUCUGACACCGCAACCAAUUGAGGACGAUGUACGCAGAAGGUGCGUGCACUGGACAUGGACUCGUUCAGUGCAUGAGAGGAUGGUGAAACCCCUAUGAGAAAAGAGCACAUAGUUCCUAAAAUUAAUUAAUCUCAUAGUGUUUUUUAUUGCUGACAUUUUUGGUUCGAGAUUUUGGUUUCAGAACCCUUGGUAAAGCUGAAUAAGCUUGUUAUGGUUGAAUCGAAACAAGAUAUAGGUUUCUUCGGGGGACCGGAAAACUACAUGAAGCUAUGUUUUUGAGAUUCCACUUUUAUGAAAAAGAAGGUAAUUUUGAAUGGGAUGGGUCUUUGAGUUCCUACGUUGUUUUUUGUCUUGGUUUAUCUAAUGCAUAUUUUUGCUUUUUCCUCGUUUGUGGGGUGGGUUUGUCCUCACCGGCUAUUGCCAGGAUGGGUGUGUGUCGAUGGGACGUGUAAGUUAGAAUUGUCGUGGUCUUGGUAGCUUGACAACUGUACAGAUACUUGAGGAUAUCAUGCCUACUUAUCAUCCAUCGAUCAUAUUUUUGAUGGAGAAUCUAAUCGGACGAGAGAGGGUGGAGCAUGUGUGGCAAAGGAUAGGGUUUCACUACUCUUUCAUUGUGGCUUGUGAAUGACAUAGUGGUAGACUAGCGCUAUUAUGGAAGGACGAAGUGAAUGUCUCAACCGGGAUCUUCUCUCAGAGUUACAUUGAUGUGAAGGGGACGAACGAUGUGAAGCUUCUCUCGAAUGUUUCAGGGUUUUCUUGUUCGAACGCUUUAAAGAGGGUAUACUUUAGAACGUUUGGAGGGCAUCAAUUGAAAAGAAGAAAUGUUUGAUUUGUGAAGGGUACCCUUUAAUAAUAGUAAACCUUUUGAGGGUGCUUUAAAAAAACUCUUUUGAGGACAUUUUAAAAAUUUGUGCGGCGUAAACCAAUAUUAAAUGCUUUGUCUCUUUUGGGAUAUAUGGGCUUCUUUCCCUAUUGAAGAUUAAAGCAAAAAAUGGGAUGGGCUUGUAUAGGGCCGCCUUUAGAAACACAUUAGUGUUAGGUGAGGCAUUUUUGUCCCAUCUUGUGCCUAGACCCACCUUUGCGGCGUCUCUACACGCGUUUCUGAACACUGACUAUACGUGGAAUAAUUUUAUCAUGAAAAAAUUCCACUUUUGGUCCCAUGACUAUUAUGCCACUUCCACAUUAAUCCCCUAAGUUUCAAUUUAACCAAAUGUAGUCCUUGACAUUUUCCACGUAACCACCCGUGGUCCUUUCUGAUCACAAUUCCGGCUAAAAUUAACUGGAGCCCAAUUAAUGAACAUUUAUUGGGGGCAUUUUAGUAAAUUUAAAUUACAAAAACGGCUACCUAAUAAACUACUCAAUUAAGUUAACUUAAUGGCGAGCUAAUACCGUCGUCUCCCUCUACCUCAAAAAUCGAACUCUCUUCCGCCUCUGAAGAAAGCUUCCUUCAGCUUGAGAAAUCCCCAAAAUCGUUCAAACAACGAGGACCCGUCUGGAACGGCAGCGUGAAGGAGAAGGAACAAGUCUUGAACGGCGUUCUCCAACAAAUUUUGGUGGUAAAGGUAAGAGACUGAACUGAGGUUUAUAUAUACGGUGUUUGCAGUGUUUGCACAUGUUAGGGGGUUUAUGUUGAGGUUCCCUUUUCCCUUUUCCCUUUUCCCUUUUCCAUUUUCCCUUUUUUCCCUUUAUUCCAAAACAUGGUAGGGUAAGCAUGUGUUUUUUGGCUUAGAUUACGCUGGUCGGUUAUCUUUAACCAUUUAAGACAUGGGACCAGUUCACAUUUAUCUUUACGCAAGCUUAGACCAUUUAUGGUGUUGUGUUAACCUUUUAAACACAUUAUUGACCUCAUUUAUAAAACAGGUGCAGCCAAGUGUGGAAACACUUUUACUUUGAGGUUGUUUUAUGGAGGAAAAGUAAAUCACACGGAUAAACCUUCAUAAUUGGGAGGGUCAAUCCAUUAUUUUCAUGAUGUAGAGGUUGAUGAGUUUGGUUUGAUUGAGUUGAAUGAGAAAUUACAAGAACUUGGUUGCACAAAAAAGGUAAUGAUUGUGUAUUCCUAUUCACAUGAGAAUGAGUCCCUAAAGCAACUAAAUAAUGAGGCAAAGGUUUGGGGGAUUGUGAAUGAUGGAAAUGUUGGUAAGGUGGUGGAGUUUUGGAUAGAAUUAGAACCUAGUUGUGACACUGAAGAUGAUGAUGACCCUGAAGAUACUGACUUCAGUGAGAACGACUUAGAACACUUUUCUGGGGAUGAGGAUGACUCUGAUUCGGAAGACUUCAUUUCUAAGGAGGAUGUUGUGUUGUCUACUCAUGGAGGGUUAAACAGCAGUAGUGAAGGAGAAGAAAAUGUUACUGAAGCUUCAAUGGUGGAUCCGGAUCCUAACUUGUCUGAUGAUGGUUCCAUACAUGAAUCUGACACUCACUCUGAGAUGUGGACUAAAUUCUGUGCCAAGACUAAUAUGAAAGACCCUACCUUUACACUGGGUUUGACAUUUGGCACCAAAGGAAUUCAAAGAAGCUGUGGAAAAUCACGCAUUUAAGAAUGGUAAAGAGGUGAGGUUUGUCAAAAAUGAUAAGGAACGGGUUGUUGUGGAGUGCAAGCAUAUAGGAUGUCCAUGGAAGAUGAAUCUUAGAAAGGUAAUGAACUCUCAUUCUUGGAGUAUUUUACAGUACCAUGACACACAUGAAGGUUGCUCUUGGGUCUAUCACAACAAAAUGGUGAACUCAAGCAAGGUAGCAAAUAGGUGGUUCAAGGAGAUUGAGGGUCACUCAAAUUGGAAAACCAAAGAAUUUAGACAGAAAGUGUGUUGGGACGCGGGUAUGCGGUGCCAACAAUCUGCCAGCCUGCCGGUGCAAUCGAACCGUGUGGCGCUUCGCUUGUGCUAUAAAGGGGGGAGAGUGUGCUACACUAUCAGCGAUUGAUUUUAGUGUAGCGGUAAGCGCAACGAUCCACAAGUGGUAUCAGAGCCAAGGUUACGGGUUCGAGCCCCGGCAACAGCAUGCUGUGCAGUUGAGGCUGGCAGGUGCUGGGGGGAGAUUGUUGGGCCGUGAGUAUGCGGUGCCAACAAUCUGCCAGCCUGCCGAUGCAAUCGAACUGUGUGGCGCUUCGCUUGUGCUAUAAAGGGGGAAGAGCGUGCUACACUAUCGGCGAUUACUUUUAGUGUAGCGGUAAGCGUAACGAUCCACAAAGUGUGUACUGAAGAACGCUUCCAUUUGAGUCUCAGGCAAGCUUAUAGAGCAAUAAGUAAGGCUAAGAGAAAACUGAAAGGUGAAGAAGAAGAUUACUUCAAGAAGAUAUGGUCAUAUGUGGCUGAAAUAAGAAGGACCAAUCGUGGAAGCACAUGUGUUGUGAAAUUGAGUGAAAAUGUAGAAGUGGAUGGACAACAAAGAUUUCUGAGGAUGUAUAUGUGUUGGGAAGCAUGCAGGGAAGGAUUUAAACAGUGUAGACCACAUAUCAAAUUGCAUUGUUCAAAGUGCAAGGAGGCUGGUCACAAUGCUAGGAGAUGUCCGGAUGAUCCUAACAACAAGGAAAAACUAGUAUAGUGUGCAUCUAUAUUUUGUAAGAUUAUUUUAUUAUUAUAGUAUAUUGUGUAUAAUGUGUGCAUUAACUACUAUGUGUUUACAUGUAAUCAGCUGCAACCUAGAAAAAGAAAUAGGAAACCAAAGAGCAAGCAUAGUGUUGGAGUGCAUGAUAGAGUUGAGGAGCCUAGGGAUGAGGGGGUUGCUACAGAGGACAGCCUUGGUGAUCACACCAACCUUUAUGAUGACCUCAACCUCAUUGAAAUUACCAUGCAGUCUGCUGAAGGAGCAAAUUUUGCAAGUCGGGUUCCUAUUGUUGUGAGUAUAGAGGACACUGCUAUGUUCACUCAAGAGACACAGGUCAGUCAAGACUCAGAAGAGAGAAAAGAAGAAACCUUAGAAGGGAGCAAACAAGAUACCAAAGAAGAGAGCCCCAAAGGAGAGAGUGAAGAGGUUUCAGAAGAAGAGACUGUUGGACAUACCAGAGGACAAAAGAAGGGGUUAGGAUAUGCUAUGGACCACCCCCUUGUCAAAAGAAGAGCAGUUCAAAUGUAGUCAAAACACCCAAACUCAGCAUUAAAAGGGGACCAACCUAUGCUACUAGAUCCAAAACAACUUUCAAAUCAGUCUUCUUUGGAAAUGAUGAUGACCCCAUUGAUAUACAGUAGUGGGUGGACUAAAAUGUGUAUUCAUGAAGCUACUUUGAUGAUGUAAUGUAAUGUAGUACCUUUUGGCUUUUUGGAAGUGACUGUGUUGUUAAAGCUUCUAUGUUUUUGAGAUACUUUGGCUAUUCAUGAUCUCAGUGUGAUCAUGUAAUGUAUGGAUUAGCAUUUUGGUUGUCUAUGAUAUCAGGUUUUUGGAUGAUCUAAUGUAAUGCAUG